UGCAGUUCAGCUUCUACCAGGAGACUUAUUCGUGGGGAUUUAUUAAUUACUUUCCUGUGACAUGGGGUUCCUCCUCACCAAGAUGAUGACUGUGUUUGGUAACAGGGAGCACAAAGUCAUUAUUGUUGGUCUGGACAACGCAGGCAAGACGACCAUCCUCUACCAGUUUCUGACAAAGGAAGCUGUUCACACGUCGCCGACUGUGGGCAGCAACGUGGAGCAGAUAAUUGUGAGGAACACACACUUUUUGGUGUGGGACAUUGGAGGCCAGACGGGCCUUCGCAGCACCUGGUACUCCUAUUACUCCAACGCUGAGAUUGUCAUUCUGGUGGUCGACAGCACAGACCCAGGGCGACUCACUCUCACCAGAGACGAGCUGCAUCGAAUGGUCGCACAUGAGGACUUACAGAGCGCCGCCAUUCUGGUGCUGGCCAACAAACAGGACGUGAAAGGCUCCAUGACGGCGGCCGAGAUCUCGCGGCGCCUCACGCUGGACGCCAUCACCACGCACAACUGGCACGUGCAGUCCUGCUGUGGCCUGACUGGCGAGGGCCUCACUGCCAGUCUGGACUGGAUGCAGUCGCAGGUGGUCUCCUCCUGAAGUUCUCGCCACUUCUUCCUCAAAGGCUACCAUGUCAGGAUUGCUUAACAGUGAACUCUGAGAGACACAGCCUACCUCAGCUGAACCAGAAGCAUGUCAAUCAUUCGAGUGGUAUGCCAAAAGGUGUGCCGCGUUCACGUCAGCACAAAUCGGGAUUGUUCACCAGCCAAUUAUCUCUACUUGGAAACUUUUGAGUGAUUGUUAUUUCUGCUCUACUUGAAACAAGACAUAGACGUUUGUUUUAUAACACCUCCUUUUUGCCGGGAAAGGAAACAAGUAUUUUUGUACAUUUGUGUCUGGUGUCCGUAGGAUUGUAUGUGAUGGAUUUACAUGGUUUUUUUUGUUUUGUUUUGUUUUUUUAAAGUGAUUCCAGGUUGGAAACCUUUCAUGGCAAUUAACUAAACUGGAUAUUUACAACACUGGUAUUUAUUUUUUAUUGAACAAAAACAAACAUCUUGCAAUGUAAAUCUCAUCAAAAUACAGUUUAUUAAAUUAUUAAAAAUACAGUGAUGCCUUGA